UCUUAAAACAGGAUGCCUCCUAGGAUGCUAGUGGCACCACUGCCACUGCAUUUCCUGUUGGCAGCAGUGAGCAGUGAAAACCAAGGCGGCAGCAGGCACUGGCCCAGGCAGAAAUAGCUCCCGCGCGAUUCACUGGAGCCUUCCCAGGGCCCUGGUCCCGGCUCCCGGGACUCGCGCGUCCUGAUCUCAACAGCGGCAGAGGCCACCGCGGUGGCCGGAAGCACUUUGGUCCAGACCACACUCCCGGCACAGUGCGGAGGGAGCUGGAGGGAGCCACUCUGCGCCCGGACGCCUCAGCGCCCCCUUGGGCUCGGGCUCGCUCUCUGGGGGAAGGUCGACCGAGAUGGCAGGACGCGCUUCCCUCCGCACCGUUCGGGGCGCCCUGGGCGCCUGGCUGCUGAGCGGCCUCUGGGCCUGGACCCUGAGCGGCCUGGGGGCGGUGGGCUCCCCGGGAGCCCCGCGCCCUUGCCAGGCGCCGCAGCAGUGGGAGGGGCGCCAGGUUGUGUACCAGCAAAGCAGCGGGCGCAACAGCCGCGCCCUGCUCUCCUACGACGGGCUCAACCAGCGCGUGCGAGUGCUGGAUGAGAGGAAGGCGCUGAUCCCCUGCAAGAGAUUAUUUGAAUAUAUUUUGCUGUAUAAGGAUGGAGUGAUGUUUCAGAUUGAGCAAGCCACCAAGCAGUGCUCGAAGAUAACUCUGACAGAGCCCUGGGAUCCUCUUGACAUUCCUCAGAACUCCACCUUUGAAGACCAGUACUCCAUCGGGGGACCCCAGGAGCAGAUCACAGUCCAGGAGUGGUCAGACAGAAAGUCAGCUAGAUCCUAUGAAACCUGGAUUGGCAUCUAUACAGUCAAGGAUUGCUACCCUGUCCAGGAAACCUUUACCAAAAACUACAGUGUGAUAUUGUCUACGCGGUUUUUUGACAUCCAGCUGGGUAUUAAAGACCCCUCAGUGUUUACCCCUCCAAGCACAUGCCAGAUGGCCCAACUGGAGAAGAUGAGUGAAGACUGCUCCUGGUGAGCCUGUGCAUAGGGAAGGGGCAGCGUCGGAUGUCAGCCGCCUGUGGCUCCAGCUGGAGAUGGAUAUGAGACUAGUCAAGAUGGGAAUCCUAACUGGAGAGAAAUGUAAUUUUAGGAAGAUGCACAUUGAUGUGAGGUUUUUGAUAUGUCUGAUUUUGACUACUUAAGCUACGUUUACAGAAGAAAAUUGAAUGGCAAAGGUUUGGCUGAAUGAGCUGACCAGAUGGCUAAUAUGGACACUAGGUAUUUCUAAUGCCUGUUUGGGUCUGAUUUUCUGCGUGUACAGGUGUAUACACGUGGAGGGGUCAGUAAGACCAGUUUGCCUUGGCAGAGAGUAUUUAUUAUUGACAUUGUUCAGAUUUGGUGGUGAUAAUAAAAAGCAGAGUUAUUUUGGUCAAUUUUAUUAUUAAUUCUUAAAUUCCCUGCAGAGAAUGCCCCAUUGUUGCUGCACCAGGGUGGGCACUGCUCCCACUGACCCCCACCCCACCCUGCCCCUGCACCCCCUUGGCUGCCAAGAAAAUGAUACCUUAAAUCCCUUCCACACUUAAGAAUUUUAUGGCAUGACCUAAUUGAUAUAAACGUUUAGAAGGAAAUGACAGGAUGAAAUAGGAAGUAAUUAUUCCUCUAAAGAAACAUUUUAAGCAAGAUGGUUUAGAGAAUCCUAAUGUCUACACUGGUAAAACACGAGCCAUGUAUGCCUCUUUUUUUUCUAUGCAAGAGUAUUGAUGUAUGUGCUGAAUCUUCACAGACUUGUCAGCACACAGGCAGUAUUCUAAAACAGCACUGAACUGGGCAUCAGGAGACUAUUGUCUCCUAAACCCAGGACUAGAAUUCCCUUGUGCUCUCACUCCUUCAGUCAUUAAAUGCACUGGGCUUGCCCUCACUUGGCCUUUCUAGGACACUGCUUCACAACCUCUGUGUGUAUCUGACUUCGGCAUCUCCUUCCAGGUCAGCUCAUUCACAAGAGUGGCUCCCAAGCCUGGAUGAGUUGCACCUUGCAUCUUGAGCAUGCAUUUCUCACAAUAAUUAUUAAGCUGUGUGAUCGUUUCUGCUUCCAGGACGCUGUCAUCCAUUAUCUUGGCUGUGAGCUCCUUGGUAUGAGUACCUUGUACUGUUUACUUUUAUAUCCCUAGCGCCAAGCAAGUGCCUGGCACAUGGUCAGUGCCCUAAGUAUUUGUAAAGAAUGUCAGCCUCUCUGGUCCCUAGUUUCCUUAUGUGUUAAAUGAGGUUGAGUUUGUUGAUCGCUAGGGAGAGACUUUCAGUAAUAAAAUUUACUAUUCUAGAUUCUUCUACUGUUAUGUUUUAUCUCCCCAUUUAUCUUUUAUAGUUACCAGGAGAAAUGUGUGAUACCUAUAUUACAACGAAAACAAUCUUACUACUCACAGUUUAUCUACAUUAAACAAAUUUAAUUGCAUUUUAAGGCAUUUUUUGAUAUUGUUGCUUUUGUAAUAAAUAUGGAUAAUCUUGGUUAUAAGGGAGUUAAAACCAUGCUCUAAUAAAUAAAUAAAGUGCUUCAUGUGGCAAAA